GAUACCCAAAAAGCAACAGUUUCUCAACCUCAAACUAAAACAAAAGCAAACACUCUAUACAAAUAAAUUAAACAUAUAUUGUUGUGCAUUGGAGUGCACAGUACUGGUAUGGAUAAAACAUGAUUCAUUGUCAUUGUAUUCAGCAGAGAGAUAAUGCGAUCCAGUAUGAACUACUAUCUUGUUUCACCCUCGGUGCUUUCCGUACAUGCAUGCUCGAAGAUGAUUUGUAAAUAAGGCUGAAAACUUGAACACAGGACAGGGAUCAUCUUCAGUGAAUACCUCCAAGUGCUGCCAUCCUUGGAAUCUUUUUUUGAAACGUCAGGUGGCUGCAUCGGUUGCCUGUCAAGAGGGCGACACCUGAUAUUUUUGUUUUAAAUAAGAGGGAAGCACCAAGGCGACAUUAAGUUCCACUUCUAAUGCUGCUUUAGGAACAAUGGAGGCUUUACAAACACCUUUUGACUUCACAAGCCCUAUCGUACAAGCUCAGGCAGUGAGAAGGCUUGUUGCUGCUGUGCUCAAAGAGAAAGGUCCAAAUGAACAAAUAAGCCAGUCCUCCAAACAGGGCUCUGCUUUGGAAACCCUGUGGAAGCAGUGCUGCAAUGACAACGCUCUGGUGCGUUCAGCCUGCUGCGACGCCGUCGUGCUGCUGGUGGACCAAGGCCAUGCCGACCUGCAUUAUGUCCUCAACAGCGUCCUCAACCUACUGCCCUCUUCGAGAAAUGUGCAGGGGUUAGUUCAAGUUCUUGCACGGUUGCUACAGAUGCAGGCAGACCUCAGAGACAAGGAUGCACAAUUCAGCUGUCCUUACAGCAUCAGGAGUAGUCCUCAUCCAUAUAUAACAGCCCUGGAAAACCGGUUGGACUGCUGGCCGGCCCUUCUUUCUGAGAUUAAUGACUUGGUACAGCAGGCUGUUGUCAGAAAUGAAAGUGCUUACGUCACGAUGCUGGUCCCCUUUCUGUGCUACCUCUACUGCCAACCUCAGAGGCGACCCGAGCACACCCUCCUCCGACAAGGCCUCCUGAGGGUGCUGCUCCAUACAGAUCCAGAGUGUGCACCCAUCCCUAUGGACAAUCGCUCCCCGGUAUCUGACAGUUUGCUUCAGUGCCUCUGCCAGCUGGUGCCACGCAUGCCGGUUGAUUGUGUGGAGUCGGUGCUGGAGCUGCAUGGAUUCAUCCAUGCUUUGCUUCCUAGUCUGUCUCUACAGUGUGUAGAACCCUGGAGGAGUGAGAGAGUGGGAAUCCUUCUCCAGCUGCUUUGUGCCUGUCAGCGCUGCCUCGUGUUAAACGGAGAUUGCAGACCUCUAGUCAGCUUGAUGACGCAGCUUCUCCCAGCGUGCCAAAAGGAGCUGCCUUUGGAUGAGCUGUUAAUGGGCGUGGCAUUGCUCCUGUCUGAGGCUCCAGCUACACAGCAGAGUUGCUUGCUCAGUCUAGUGUUGAAGUUAGUGCCUGAGCACAGUGAGCUGUCCCCCUGGUUGUGUCCGGUCCUGGUUCUUCCCGUGCUGCAACUUCUGUGCUGUUCAGAGCUCACAGAGCCACUUGCAGAACGCCACAUGCACACCCUCAACAAGAACCUGGCUCACAGAGUCCUGUGCAACAUCAGCAGACAGACUGAUAGAGUGCAACAGUCUUUUCUACCAGAAGCCCUUCUUCUGACUUCCUGGUUGAGUGAGGUGAGAGUGGCCGUGUCUAUACUGCGUCAAGUGGUGGACCAUCCUUCUGCAGCUGUCGACUGGCUGCUGUCGCUCACCACGGCUCUGUCCAACAGCCAGCACCUGCCGAGCUCUCUCACACUCAUCGUCGUCCACCUCGUCAUUACUGGCCGGGAGGACGUCUGCCAGCUCGCUUUGAAUGCCGUUCAGGCCAUCGCGGCCGCAGACCCCCACCAGGUUCCCCCACUCCUUCCUGUCCUGCACUUCAAGCUGGGCAAAGAAAGGAAUCCAGGUCUGACUCAUGCUGUUCUCAACUGCCUGCCAAACCUCGGUAGUCACAAGCUAUGCGUCCCCAUGGUGCUGCAGACGUUAAGCCUGCUUGCAAGCAACCCCAAGCUGAAAGCUGUGGCCAUGCGACUCAUUACCGCUCUCUGGAAGAAACAGGACCGAGUUUACCCUGCGCUGCAGCGUCUGUUGACUCAGCAGGACAAUAGGGUGGUGAUGGGGAGGGACACCCAGUGGGAACAGGUGCUGGCCAGGGCGGCCUGCCUUCGGGACAUCUGCAGAGAAAGGCCUUACCAGCACGCAAGUGACAUGUUGGCCUCCAUUGUUUUCACUCUAAAUCAAUGCACCAGACCUGACCAGGCGACCCCUGCAGCUCUCGCUCUGCAAGGACUCCAGGAGCUGUGCUGUGCAGAGGUAGUGGACUUGGUGUCAACAUGGAGAAGUCUUGGUCCAGAGCUCAGGUGUGACUCCCGUCCACUGAUGGUCAAGGGUGUCGCUCAGCUCCUAGCUCUAGUUCCUCAACUCACCGUCAAGUCUGAGGAGUAUGAGAAAUUAAUGGAGGAGGUGGUCAGCUUUUUGUGGAAUUACGCCCUGAGCGAGGAUCCAGAGGUGGCCAGCUGUGGUUUCCGGGCUUUAGCAGACUUUCCUGAAGUGGUUCAUACAAUAAAUCAUCUUCCUGAGGCAGCCAGACCUGCUGUAAAGCACGAGGAAGAGGCAAUGGAGGAGGAAGAUGAAGAGGAAAAGGACCUCUCUGUGCCGGGCUCAUCUUACGUGAAGCUGCUGACUCUCACGUCUUCACCUGUUCUACCAGCUUUCCAGGUCUUCCUGACAUCACUGGUGAAGAAGGAGAUGAGCCAGAUGCCGAGGGGGGUGUAUUUUUCUGCCCUGAAAGGGGGCAACUUUCGUUCAGAUCAGGGUAAAACUGUGGCAGUGAUCCCGUCCUUCAUGCUCAAGUACUAUGAGAAGAACAAGCAACCCGGACUCAAACACGGACUCGCAGCUGGUCUGUUGCUUUGCCAUGAGCUGCCCCAGCAAACUGACCGCGAAGGCCGACCCAUUCAUCGCUUCCUCCUAAGCCGCAGUCGUAGCUAUCAGCAGACCCUGGCUGCUCUUAUGCACGAGGUGAACAUUCAGCCAUCCGAAUGGCACCGUGCGCUGCUGCUGCCUCAGGCAUGGCGUGGCUUCAUGAAUCGCACGUUCCAUGCAGUCCUUGAGGGUCGACAUGCCGAAUUGGAAAUGUUGAGUAAACAAGGCAAAGAGAACCCAGAAGACCUUCAGUACAAGCAACAUUGUGCCUGGUUGUGGGCCAGGGAUCAGUUAGCAGAUGCCAUAAAAAGUGCAACAAAGGACAGUCCUGUUGUUCAGGGAAACUCUGUGCUGGCUCUGAGCUCUCUGGCUGCUGUCGUGGCAAAAUAUGAGAGCAACCUGCCUGCUGAUAAUGACACCGGCCUUGGGGCUGGACCAGAGUUUGUCCCCACAAGCAGUUGGUUAUCCAUGGUGCUCGACACGCUGCUCAGCAUCAGCAGCAGCAAUUACAAAGCCAAAGGUCAAGUGUUUCCGUGGUAUCUGCAUCGCUCCUAUUCAGGCGACAACACAGCAAGCGCCAUUGCUCGCUCCUGCGCCAGCUUAGCCCUGUCUUUGCUGGUCCCGGUGCUGGUUCUAUGGCACAAAGACAGUCUGAACCAGGUCUUGUCGGCACUGCAAGCCAGCUUGCCAGGUUCGCCCACCGCAGAUGACUCUCAGGUCAUUCAGUUCCACUCGGGCCUAGCUCUGGGUAUGAUAUUGUCCAGCCUACACCAGCAGCGCCUCAGUGACGUCUACCCUCAGGGGGAAGCUCAGCUGCUCCUUGACGCUAUGUCUGCCCUGGAAGCGUGUACCUUUGACACCAAUGUAGAAUACAAUACCGGCUGCAUGUUGGGUCUGGGUCUGGUGCUUUCAACCUUCUGCAACAGUGGACAGACACAACAACACAGCCACGUAACCCAAAUACUCGACAAACUACUGAGUGCCUUACAGGACAGCAGUGGGCAGGGGCGCUUGCAGCAGGAGGUUUUGUCGUAUUCUGUGGCGUGUGUCGGCGUCUCUGCCUUCAGUGGAUCAGUCAUCGAUGCCAACAAGGCAGAGGAGGUCAUGAACACACUGCGCACCCUGACAGAGGAGAGCCAGCAGACUCCAGGCUUCUCCUUGGCUUUGGGCCUUGUGGUCCAUGGUUUGUCUCUGUGCGGUCAUGGCAAAGCAGAGGACCUCCAACCUCGUCUCCUGGCUGCCUGGGUCAAGAUUUUAUUGGCUGAGGGUUGCCCCACCAUGCAACGUCUUGCUGCUGCUAAUGGACUGGUAGCUUUAGUGGGAUCAGAGAGCUAUCUCAUUCAGCUCAAGGGUGAACUGGAGCUUUCUUCUCAUCAGCAGAGCAGACUUAACGAGGUUAUUCGCUCCAUCUCGCAGAUUAUAACCUUCUCGGGAGCGAUUGGCUUGCAGUCCAACUGUGCCUGCCUGCUGGGUCACUUGCAUUUGUCGCACAUGUUCACCGGCCAUAGUCACACAGCAGUGCCUCAGGACUUCAGCUACCUCUCAGAGAAAAGUGUCAUCAAAGCUGUCGUGGAGUUGCUCACUGAAGCUGGGAAGAAAGGUCCAGAGUUUGUCCAUGCGAGGGUGGUUAAAACUGCUCUGACAGCUCUGGCUUCAGUUGGAGGCAGCUUCCAGUACCCUCCUAUCAACUGGAGCACUGUCCUGUCCCCUCUGAUGAGACUCAGCUUCGGUGAGGACAUUCAACAUCAGUGUGUGGUGCUGGCUGCCGCUCAAGCUCAGUAUUCCCAGAAUGCAUCGCUCUUUCUUGGGUCUUGGCUGUCGCCGCCUCUUGUGUACAGUCUCAGUUUCCAGACCCGGGCCCACCUCUAUGAGACUCUCUCCUUGUGGAUGAAGCAUGUCGUCGAGGAGAAGCUCCAGUUCUAUGUCGACACUGUGGGCCUGCAGGCCUUCCAGGAGGAACUUCGACCCCAGCGUCUCCCCCUGUGCUGCUCCCUGCUGCAGGGCCUCGCUCAUGCCAUGGCCCUGCCCAACCCACCCAACGUCUGCUGGGCCUUGAUGUGCUCCACCACAGAGAAGAUCUUCAGCCUCCUGCCCAACCAAAUAAAGGAUAGUGAAGUGGAUUUGUACGUUGGAAUCGCCAAAUGUUUGCAUGAGAUGUCUGAUACUGAGAUCGACCGCAUCGCUGGUGUCACCGAGGAUCAGAUGGAGAAAACCUGCUUUGUCUUGGCUUACCUGACAUCCCAAGGUAGAAUUCCCCUCCUCGGGCUGAACGACAUCAUCGCCAGUGUGCUCCGUGGUUGGCCGAGUCACCGAGUGGGUUGGAUCCUCCUGCAGACUUUCUACCAGUGUCGCCUGGCCGCCAGCGUCCACACAGGUGUAAGCAAACGAUUAGAGUGGCUGCUGGAGCUGAUGGGACUCAUGCGAAAUGUUGCUUACGGCACCACCUCUGUCACCAUUGGAAGCACCAAAGUGGCCACAGACUUCCUCUUUCAAGUUUUUGCCGCCGCGGUCGUUUCCUGGGGCGACCACUCCAUGCCCCUCCUGCUUGGCAUUAGGACUCGGUGGUUUCCUUGGCAAUCCGCGUCCAAGCCCGCCGUCCUCCUGCACAAUCUGUACGGCGAGGAGUCGCUGACGGACCGUGUCCUGCCCCAGUGCCUACUGGGACUGUCGCACAGCCUGACCCUUCUUCUCAACAAAGAACCUUGGAGCUGCCAGUCGCCCAAGUUCAUAGAGUGGCUUCUCAGCAUCACGGAGGGACCAGAGCAAAGUCUGACAAGCUCAACUAUCAACACAGCCAAAGCUGCUCUCUUGGCCCUGAGGUGUUCUCCUGAGUUCAAGAAGAAGUCCGUGUGGACCAGAGCGUAUGGCUGGUAGCCCACACACACAAACACCGUCUCAGACCAUGCAAACACAAUGUUGUCUAAAUAAAAGAAUACUUGCAACUACAUUGUAUCCUUAGUUUAUAAGUAAGCGGUCACUUUCUUUUCAUCUUCUUGUGCCACCUCUCCAGCUGAUGUUGUCUCUCCUUCAGCGACUGCCACACCGUAAACGACACACCUGUCAACAGCAAAAGUCAUCCUACCAAGAGCAAGAAGAGGCAGAGAGGCCUUGUGGACAAAUGGCUGAUGACUGUGUGAGGAAUCUGUGGAAUUCUGCAUGCCAGAGGCUGACGUCGCCGUGUCGAGCAUUGCCUGGUAUAUUGUGACCCCUGGAGAAAGAGAACACUAUAUCAGCAAAGUAUCAAUCAAUCAAUCAAUCAAUGUUUAUUUAUAUAGCCCUAAAUCACAAGUGUCUCAAAGGGCUGUACAAGCCACAAUGACAUCCUCGGUACAAAUUAUUACCUUUCUUAGAAGAACUUGCAUGCUCUAUGUAUACACCUAUAUUAUAAUAUACAGUGGUACCUCAACUUACCAAUUCAAUUGGUGCUGUGACAGAGCUCUUAACUCAAAGCCCAUUGAAAUGAAUUGAAAUCUAUUUAAUUGGUUCUUGACUACAUGCGUUUUACAAUUAAACAAAAACCUUUUAGAUAUGAAAUAUUGUAUAAAAACAAUACAAUAAAAUCUACUAUAACGACAGUAGUUUUAUAAUGUAAUGUAAUAAUAAUGUACAGCAUUUAUCUUGGAAAGUGGACUUCUAAAGUUAAAGUACCAAUGAUUGUCACACACACACUAAGUGUGGUGAAAUUUGUCCUCUGCAUUUGACCCCUUGUUCACCCCCUGGGAGAUGAGGGGAGCAGUGAGCAGCAGCGGUGGCUGCGCCCGGGAAUCAUUUUUGGUGAUUUAAUUCCAAUUCCAACCCUUGAUGCUGAGUGCCAAGCAGGGAGGUAAUGGGUCCCAUUUUUAUAGUCUUUGGUAUGACUCAGCCGGGGUUUGAACUCACGACCUACCGAUCUCAGGGCGGACACUCUAACCACUAGGCCACUGACCAGUAUCUUCCUCCAGCUGCUUCUCCGUCAAACACACCAUCGGCAGACUACCCAUAUUUUCCUGGAUAAAUGUUUGCUCUUUAUAGAUAUUUUUUAACGUCCUUAGCUGGCAUUAGACUCAUUCUGCUUCAGUAUGGUGCAGACGAGCAGUGAUACGCUCCAACUGCUUCGUUUAGUUGGCUACACGCUAGGUCAAGGUUUUUGGAUUUCUUUCUUUGAUACAAUGAAUAUAAUCCGCUCCAUUUUCUCAGCACUGUCCGCCACACCCACUUACUUCCUUCCCAUGCUCUGAAAACAAAGUUAUCUCUAUCUUUAGCAAUAAGCUAAUGCUAGUGAGUAAGACCCCGACUUAAACAAGUUGAAAAACUUAUUCGGGUGUUACCAUUUAGUGGUCAAUUGUACGGAAUAUGUACUUCACUGUGCAACCUACUAAUAAAAGUCUCAAUCAAUCAAUCAAUCAAACCAGAAGUUUUGGACAUACCUUUGUGGGAUUUGCUCUGCCAACUAAUGCCAGGGAUGCUUGUAACUUGAAUUUUGGCUGGCAACUUAAUUAGGUAAGAGACAGCUCUUAUCUUAAAACACUCUUAAGUUGAGGUACCACUGAAUCUAUAUUGUAGUCCUUUUCUUGUAAAAUAUAGCCCUACAUUUUCCUCCACCAUGACAGUCUCAGCUCUUCACUAAUUCAUGGAACAUCCGCUCAGCCUAUGAAUAAUUAAAAUGAGCAUAUCACCUUCUGUGAUGGCAGACAGGAUGUACACUGGGAUCCACAGCGUGUAGCGGGCCCACAGCAUGACCGUGAAGGUGGUAUCCAUCACACAGAGCACUUCAUGAGGGUACCUGAUAGCAAACACCAAAUGUGUAAGAGCUAGUACCGACAUUGUUUUCAUGGACAGAAUGGACUAAGUGCACCUCAGUAGGUCCAAGAUGUUCCAAAAGAAGAGCUGUACGCACACGACUGGUUUGCUCUGAAACUCCUCCAACAGGACGAGCAUGAUGAGCAGCAGGUUCUUCUCCAAAACCUGGACAAAGCGUUAACUCCCUCUUGAAAUCUCCUAAACGAUAGUGUGACAGAUUUAAAGGAAGAAGUUGUGCCCACUUGGAUGAGGCGUGGAAGUAGUUUGGCCUCCUCAAUCCCAUCUGCGAUGUGGAAAAGCUCCAGAAUGGAGAGCAGCUGGCAGAGGCUCAUGACAAGGCCGACAGUGUAAAAAGUGUCUGCCACGGCAUCUAUACUAGCAAAUAACCAUAUCAAAAUACUUUUGAACUUUGAACCCAGGACCUUCUUAUUGUGAGGCACAUGCUCUAACCCCGGUUUUCACAUUUGUAUAAUUCAGGGGUGUCCAAACCUUUUCCACUCAGGACCACAUACCGAUAAAUUAAGGUCUAUUCACAUUUGAAUUCCCUAAACACACUCAUUUCAUUCCAGUGUGGGUCAAUACACUGAGCUGUUACAUAAAAUAAUCGGAUUUGUAGUAUUGGUGACCAAAGGACCAUGUUUUAUUCUUCAUUAUCAUCAUUGAUAUUAACAGUGUGUGGCUCAAACAGUAAAGCGAUCAACCAAUGUGUACUUGGUACGAAUUCAUCUUCUGCCACCCUAGUCACUGCCGUCGUGUCCUUGAGCAAAACACUUCACCCGUUUUGCUCCCAGCACCACUCACGCUGGUGUAUGAACAUGAAUAAUUGUUUGGUAGUGGUCGGAGAGGCCGUAUACAUAAAUUGGCAACCACAUUUCUGUCAGUCUACCUGAGGACUGCUGUGGCUACAAAUGUAGCUUACCACCAUCAAUGUGUGAAUGAAGAGUGAAUGAAUGAUGGGUUCUCAGUUUUCACUAAAAAGCCCUGGAGAUGUCUAAAAAAGCACUUAUAAAUCUAAUCUGUUAUUAUUAUUAUUACAGUAGUUUUUAAUUUAAAUAAGAAAUAUUGCAUACAACAGAUUGUAUUACUAACAACUAUAGUAGUUUUAUGAAUUAAUGUAAUAAUUUACAGCAUUUACCUUGGAGAGAGGACUUCUACAGUAUCUUCUUCAAGCUGGUUCUCCAUCAAACACACCAUCAGCACCUUUUCCAUAUUUUAAUGGCUAAAUGUGUGUUGUUCAGAUGUCAUGUUAAACAUCCUUGGCUGGCGGUAGACUCAUUCUGCUUUAGUACGGUGCGGACUAGCAGCGAUACGCUCCAACUGAUGUGCCAAAUUGGUAAUACGCUCGGUCGAGUUUUUGAUAAUUUCUUGUUUUAGUGCAAUGGAUAGCAUCCACUUUUUCUCAGCACUCUUUUUCACAAUUACUUUCUUCU